AUGGCAGAUUUUAAGGAUAAAGUCGUUGUUCUAACAGGGGCGUCUAAUGGAAUCGGUGCGGCAACCGCUCAAUUAUUUUUGGAGCAGGGCGCAAAAGUCGCAGCUUUGGAUAUUGUUGACGCUGCAGCCUCGCCUGACGGAGAACGGCUCAAUGUUAAAUGCGACGUCUCUUCUGAGGAAUCCGUGAACGCAGCAAUCAAGCAAGUCCUGGACAAAUGGUCCACCAUUGACGUCCUUGUUAAUGUCGCCGGGGUUAUGGAUCAAUUUGAACGAGUCGGCGACGUGUCCAACGAAAUCUGGAACCGCGUCAUGAACAUCAACCUCAACGGACCCUUCAACACGAUGCGCGCCUGCAUCAACCACUUCCAGACCAAGACGACCGAACAAAAGGGCCGCAUCGUCAACGUGGGAUCCCUGGCUUCCAUCAAGGGCGGCACCGCAGGGGUCGCCUACACGACCUCCAAGCACGCCUUGCUCGGCCUCUCGCGCAACACGGCCUGGAUGUACGCCAAGGAGGGCAUCCAGUGCAACAUCCUGCUCCCCGGCGGCGUGAGCACGGAUAUCCUGAAGAACAGCAAUGCCAUCCCAAACAAGGUCGGAAUGGAUGCGGUGAUGCCGACCAUGGCGACGGCGGUGGGGACCUGUGCACCGGAAGACAUGGCGAGGGCGAUUCUGUUCUUGGCCGGCGCCCCCGGCGUCAAUGGGGCUGAGUUGAAGGUUGAUAAGGGCUGGUCGACCGCUUGA